CUUGGAACAGCCUUUGUCCCACUCUCCGGAUGCGAGAGUGCCAGCUAGAACAUUGUAUUUCUCUCUCUACAGCGCUCCUAUUUCAUGCGCCGCUGUCUCGGAACACGAGUCGCUUGUAGAUCAGUUGCACUUCACUCCAGACCCCAACACCGCUCCUUCACCAUCACUCGAAUACGAUCGAUGCCUCAGAGCAAUAUGGGCGAAUACUUUGACAACAUGCUCGCUUGGUUGCGGGUUCCUGUUAUUGCGUCUACGAGCAUUGCGGCCGUCGCAAGUGGCCUCUUAUACUUCAAACAGAACGAGAUCAUUUACCCACGCAACAUCCCGCCCGACGCUCGGACAAAUGUGCCUUUACCUUCACGCUUCGGAAUUUCCAACUUUGAUGACCUCAUGAUCCCUACGCCUGAUGGAGAAGAACUCCACGCCUUCCUUAUUCGGCCGGCGAACCCCCAGCACGCCCGCGAUGUUACUAUUUUGAUGUUUCACGGUAAUGCUGGAAAUAUCGGAUACCGCGUUCCAAUCGCGAAGAUACUUGCAAAUGAAAUAGGUUGCAAUGUUUUGAUGCUUCAAUACCGUGGCUAUGGCCGUUCAACAGGAACGCCUAAUGAGAAGGGCUUGAACAUUGAUGCUCAGACAGCUUUGGAUUGGAUACGGUCUAAUCAGGCACUAAGGUCAAAAAAGAUUGUUGUAUACGGGCAGUCACUCGGCGGUGCUGUUGGAAUUAACUUGGUUGCAAAGAAUCAAGAGCAAGGUGACAUAGCGGGCCUCAUACUUGAAAACACAUUUACAAGCAUUCGAAAAUUGAUACCUAGUGCCUUCCCUCCGGCACGCUUCCUAGCGCCGCUUUGUCACCAAGUUUGGCCCAGCGAUGAAGUUAUGCCACAUAUUCAUGACGUCCCUGUCCUGUUCCUCAGCGGCUUGCAAGACGAGAUUGUGCCGCCCUCGCACAUGAAAACUCUCUAUGAUUGCUCCCAGACUAAGAUUAAAAUAUGGAAAGACUUUCCAGACGGCUCACACAAUGACACAUGUGCCGAACAAGGUUAUUUUGAUCAUAUCGACUGCUUCAUCAGGGAUAUCGUCCUGGGUGGCAAAACUGAAAUCCGAGAAGAUCCUAGACAUGGUCGGCCUAGUGAAGAUAUCGAAAAGCUCUAGGCCCAGACCGAUCAAUGUUAGCAUCAGAUUUUGAAUGAGACACGACUCCUCCGUGAAGAAUCUCAUGACACUUAAGUGUACAUGGCCUCCGGCUAAGCAGCUACGAAGGACAAGUGAGCAUUGGUUCCGCGAGCACUCAUUGAUACGCAGCUAAGCUGCUUGUCAAGUUGCUAGAUCUGUCCUUCUAAACUACAAUGAGCAGUGACUAAUGCAAGAUUUUGGAUCGACGGGAAGGGCUAGAAGCAUUCCAAUUCACCACGCAGUAUUAGUACUUGCCGAGACAUUAAGACUAUCUACUAAGGCAUAAGUUUAUGGAUGUCGUGGCACGCUUGGCUAACAGAGCGCCGUCUCAUAUGCACUCUGGUCACCAGGAAUGUAUGAUAUUAGCCGCCCGUUGAAAGAACAAAAGAGCAGGAAAAGUUAUGUGAAGAUUACACUACAAACGCGACCGUAAGAAAGGCCCUUGUCUCCCGUACGGGCGUCUUCUGGAUAGACUCUCCUCAAUAUACCCCUGCAUAAUCUGAGAACGAAUUGAAAAAAAGAUCUU